AUGGAGGAAAUCACAAAUCGAGGAAAAUUCCCCAUUCUUGUCGGCGGCUCGACUUCUCUCGCAAUACCUUUGCUGCAUGAGGCACUGAAGCGGCAGUAUCGGUUUGUGGCUGCAACUCUGAUCCCGCGUCAGUCAACAUACUGGCAGUCCAUCCAUGUUAGAGCAAGCGAGAUGCUCGAGAGAGGUCUGUUGGCCGAACUAGAGGAGUUAAGAGACCUGCAGCAGAGUCUCCUCGAUGACAACGCAUGCUUCCAUAAGGGUGUAUGGAAGGCCAUUGGGUAUCAGGAGUUCUAUCCGUAUCUCGAGGCAGACUCGCCACGCAACGCCCGUCAGUCGUCAUUCCAGAAUGGUCUCGCACUCAUGAACGCCAAUACUCUGCAGUAUGGUUUCCAUCAACUAGAGUGGAUACGUUCCAUCCUGAACCCCUUCCUUCACCAGGCCGGUGUAGUAUGCAUGAGCCUCCCUGUGACCAACAAGGCUUCGUGGAUGUCAGAAGUUGAGAUACCUGCUAUCUCAAUGCUCAACGAGCUUUGUUACAGUUUGCGAACGAUUCAAGUCUCCGCCAACGGCGCAUUAAAAUCUAGCUCCAAGUGUCGAGUCGUCGGGCUAUUUGGCGGAUCUUCGCCGGGGAAUGAUCCGGGUCACAUCGAUGCAGCCAAAAAGCUUGCAUUUGCUCUCCACCAACAUAACUACAAACUCGUCUACGGCGGCGGAACGACUGGGAUCAUGGGCGCCAUAGCCAGCACUCUGGUUCAACUCUCAGGACCAAGUGCCGUCCAAGGCAUCAUUCCUGUAGCACUCGCCAAGUACGAAGAAAGACUCACCAACAAAAGGGCCGAUCCUUCAAAGUUCGGGAACAGGACUGUCGUCAAAGACAUGCAUACACGUAAGAGACUCAUGAUAGAGGCAGUCAUUGGUGGCGCUCCAGGGAGCGGCUUUGUAGCUCUCAGUGGGGGAUAUGGUACCUUGGAGGAACUCCUUGAAAUCACUACUUGGUACCAGCUUGGUAUUCAUCAAUGCGGCAUCUGUGUGUUUGACGUAUGCGGCUUCUACAAGGGCUUGAUGGACUGGGUUCGUCAAGCUGCAUAG